UUUCAAAAAUUAUCAACCUGGGGUUAAAGAUGGGGUUUUGCAAAUUUACAACCUGCCCACUUUCUCUCUCCUCACUCACUCAACUCUGCCACUCCACUCUAGAUCCGCCGCCGCAUCUCCGCUCCACCGGCUACCGUCGUCCAUUAAUCCCAGGUUCAGAUCACUGUAUUCAUAACCUAUAAGUAUAAAGCAGUAAUUUGAUAACAAUAUGUUUGCUGCAAAAUCUCCCUCUAUUCCUCCUCUUUCAUUCUCAGAGAAGUCUUUAAAAUGUCCAAACUACUGCCUCAAGCUCCCUUUCACCUUUACUAGUGCCCAUCCAGCAAACAAAAAUUUCACGCACCGUUCCUUACCAUGUAUUAGAUCGUCACUUUCGCUGGACCUUGAUAAAUCAUUAGCUGAAUGUACUCCUGCUCAAACCCGAGUUGAUAUCCUAGCAGAGUCACUCCCAUACCUACAAAAAUUCCGAGGUAAAACCAUUGUUGUCAAGUAUGGCGGGGCAGCCAUGAAAUCAGAAUCUCUUCAAGCAUCAGUAAUCAAUGACCUAGUUCUUCUCUCAUGUGUGGGCAUUCGCCCUAUUUUUGUACAUGGAGGUGGUCCUGAAAUCAACCAAUGGCUUGACCGCAUUGGCCUCAAACCGAACUUCCUCAAUGGUCUUCGAGUCACUGAUGCUUCCACUAUGGAAAUAGUCACAAUGGUUCUUGUGGGCAAGGUCAAUAAACAGUUAGUCUCUCUCAUAAAUAAGGCUGGAGCCACUGCUGUUGGAUUGUCUGGUAUAGAUGGACGUCUCCUCACGGCACGUCCUUCCCCCAAAGCUGCUGAACUUGGCUUUGUGGGCGAGGUUGCUCUUGUGGAUCCCACAGUCCUCCGGCCAUUAGUUGAGAAUAAUCACAUCCCUGUCAUUGCGUCUGUUGCAGCCGAUGAGAAAGGGCAGUCCUAUAACAUCAAUGCAGACACUGUGGCAGGGGAACUGGCAGCUGCAUUGGGUGCUGAAAAGCUUAUAUUGUUAACUGAUGUUGCGGGCAUUUUGGAAGAUAAAGACGAUCCGGGUAGUUUAGUGAAGGAGAUUGACAUUGCCGGGGUAAGGAAGAUGGUUUCAGAAGGGAAGGUUGCUGGUGGAAUGAUCCCGAAAGUCAACUGUUGUAUUAGGUCACUGGCUCAAGGAGUUAGAACAGCAAGUAUAAUCGAUGGUAGGGUUCAGCAUUCUCUGCUGCUGGAAGUUUUAACCGAUGAAGGGGCUGGAACCAUGAUCACUGGCUGAUGUAUAUGUUCCGCUCUCAUUUAUUUUAAUCUCCUGUGUGCGUUAUCUUUUGUUUCUUUCCCAUAUUUAAAGGAGCUAGAAUGGGUUAGAUUACUGUACUUUGUAGAAUGCAACUUUGAAGCUGAAUAAAUUCUUACUUGCAUGAUAUUUGUAGUGCA